UCUUUCAGAAAUUUGAGAAAAAAUGUUGAAUUUAAUUCUUCUAAUAUUAUUUACAACGUUCUGGGCAAGCAGUGAUGCAUGUGCUGGUAUUGAAAUAGUGUCUCGGGCACAAUGGCAGGCCCGGCAGCCUAAGUGGACGGUGCCAAUUCACCGACAAGUGGAACAUGUUUUCAUUGCUCACACUGUUACACCGGAAUGCCAUAAUAAAGAAAUGUGCUCGGCUAGAAUGCGCAGCAUGCAGAAUUUUCACAUGGAUAUGAAGGGAUGGUCAGAUAUUAGUUAUACUUUCGUAAUUGGUGGCGAUGGCAGAGUUUACGAAGGAGUAGGCUGGACGCGCCAAGGUAUUCAUACUUAUGGAUGGAACUCAAAAUCGCAUGGUAUCGCUUUUAUUGGAAAUUAUAUGAAUGUAGAACCUAACAGCCAGAUGCUAAAUGCAGCACGACGACUUAUAAUCUGUGGAAUACAACAGAUCCUAAGGCAGUAUGGUUUUUGUCUGACAGUCGUAGCGCCAUCCAAUAUCUUUCAAACUGGCGAAGCGUUGGUGAUAAGGCCGGAAUUGCAAUUCUUAGCAAACUUCAGCAGGUCUCGUCACUCUGUGAAGUGCACCUUCAGUGGAUUUCUUCCCAUGUUGACAUAUGGGGGAAUGAAAUGGCAGACAUUCUGGCGAAGAAGGCUUUUGAAGAACCCUUACCAGUUACCAAUUCAUUGACAUAGCUGGAACUGUAUUCCAUUAGAAGACGUGCAGACAGGCAAAUUUGGCUCGUUCCUCCGAAUCAUCCCUGGUAUCAAACUGAUUGUCCUGGAAGAUCUCUUGCUACUGAUUGCGAUAGAUGUGUUCAGACAACACUUUCCCGAUUCUUCAGUGGACACCUGAAAGGACUUACUUUUGAGAGAGGUCUCAAAGAUGCACCCAAUUUGUUCUAAAUGUCAAAAUGCACCGGCAUCACUGGCACAUAUCCUUGAGUGCCUGGAGUUGUCUCUUGAAGACCUAUACAAGUCUCCUAUCUUGUUUUCGAUUUUCUGAAAGUGAAUGGACUCGUAGACCUUGUCUAGUAUAUUCCUAGACAUGGAGAUAAGUAACAACAACAACAAUUAUUAUUUAAGUUAUUAGCUUGUUUUUGCGUAGAAACUGUAAUUUUAUUUGUAAU